AUGUGUCCUCAGGAUGCUGCAACGCUAAGCCUGGAGUUCCCUGGCCUGCAAACUAACCAGGAGCCCAAGUGGCCUGGGCUUCAGACACUCCUGCGGCAGCUCCCUCCGCAGGACAGCGGGGAGCGCUACUGCCUGGCCCUCGGCGGGGAGGAACUGCCGGCAUUCCGGCUCUUCUGCGCCCAGCGGAGGCAGGAGGCCCUGGGACAGGGGGUGGCCCGCCCGGUGCCUCCCAAGCUCGAGGGACACACCUGCGAGCAGUGCAGGGAGCCGCUGAGGCCCGGGGAGCCCGGCGUGUUCGCAACCCCCGCGGGGCAGCGGCGCUGCUGGCACCCCGCGUGCUUCACCUGCCGGGCGUGCGGCCAGGCCCUCGCUGACCUCAUCUACUUCCACCACGACGGGCACCUCUACUGCGGCCGGCAUCACGCCGAGCUGCUGCGGCCGCGCUGCCCGGCUUGUGACCAGCUCAUCUUCUCCCCGCGCUGCACCGAGGCCGAGGGACGGCGCUGGCACGAGAACCACUUCUGCUGCCAGCACUGCGCCGGGCCCUUGGGAGGGGGUCGUUAUGCCCUGCCGGGGGGCGGCCCCUGCUGCCCCCGCUGCUUUGAGAGUCGCUACUCGGGUUCAGGCUCGACCCUGGCCCUCGGGAGGACGCCCCCCGGUGGACGCGGAGAAGGGGAGGCGAGGCGCCGCUCCCGAGAGGCCUGCCCCGCCCCCGCCCCCGCCGCCCGCUCCGGCCCGGGAAGUCCGGGCGGGCGGGUCCGAGCCGGGGGGCCGGCGCCUGGCGGCCCGGACCCCCACGAGGACGACCCCUGCCCCACCUGCUCCUCGUCCUCGGACUCGGAACCCGAAGGCGUUUUCCUAGGCCGGCCGCUUCCCGGGCCCCGGGAGACCCCCGGGGACGCCCACGCCGGGGACGGCGCCUGCAGGAGGCACUGCACCGUGAGCUAGGGGCGCCGCCGCCCGCCCGGGGGUCGGGUUCGAGGCUCGCCCCUCGUCCAGCCUCGAACCCG